GAGACCAGCUCCACCACGAACUCCGACGGCAACCUCUAUCCUAUAUACGCUCAGUAGCUUCACUCAUGUAUCUAGAGUAGCACAUUUACCAAUGCUACAUCAAUUGUAAGGCCCUAGAGCUUUGAACAUUGAUGCCUGGGCUUUUAUAUAAGGCCGUACAUUAAGUACCUAAUGUAGUUAACAACAUGUUGAAAAUACAACUAUCUAAAUCGUCGAGGCCUGAUAAACCCCUCUGCCGAUGUUAUCUCCGAGGCGUCUCGUAGCGUCGGAUAUCUACCCACCUACGUAACCCAGCGAGGCGCUAUUAUAGCUCGCCUCUCUAUUAUAAAAGUCCUAUACCACACUUCACCCCUCCCCAAAAACACUUUUAUACCUGAUUUGACUUGAAUACAAGCCUUCCUUUCCCAAGCGCCAAAUACCUCUACUCAGGCCAGGCACCAUGUCAUCUCCACCACCUCCUCCGCGUAGGCCACCCGGCAUCCUCCACCGCGUCGUCGAGGAAACCGGGCUCCUAUCCUUGUCCUCCGCCCCCUUCGACGUCAAACUGCUGUGUCUGCAGCGCUUCGCGCGCAUGUUCGCGUACGGGCUCUCCACGCUGGUCCUGGUCGCGUACCUGUCGGCCCUCGCGGUCCCCAAGACCGACAUCGGCCUGUUCAUGACGCUCACCCUCGCCGGCGACGUGUGCCUCAGCUUCGCGCUGACGCUGUUCGCCGACGCGCUGGGCCGCCGCGCGGUCCUCGCCCUCGGCGCCGCCCUCGUGACCGCGAGCGGCCUCGCGUUCGCGCUGUCCGGGCAGUUCUGGGUUCUGCUCGCCGCCGCGGUCGUGGGCGUUAUAAGUCCGAGCGGCAACGAAAUCGGGCCCUUCCGCGCCAUCGAAGAGAGCAUCGUAGCGCAGCUCACGGACGCCCGCAAGCGCAGCGACGUCUACGCGUGGUACAGCCUGGUGGGCCUCGCGGGCGCCGCGUGCGGCUGCAUGGCGUGCGGCUGGGUCCUGCAGCACCUGACGGGGACGCUCGGGUGGGGGUCCGUCCGCGCGUACCGCGCGAUCUACGUCGGGUACGCGCUUUUGGGCUUGGUGAAGCUGGGCCUGACGAUGCUGCUGAGUCGUGCGGUAGAAUCGGAGAACAAGGACAAGAACAAGAAGAAGAAGAGCACGGCUCAGGACCGCACCACUCGAGAGGGAGAGGCGAGGCCGUUGCUGGAGAAUGAGGCGACGGAGCUAGUCAACGAGCCCCCGAAACGGGGGUUCCGAGCGCUGCUCCCGGACAUAAGCAAGGAGAGCAUGCCCGUCGUGAUGACGCUGUGUUUCCUUUUCGCGCUGGACUCGUUUGGUUCUGGGCUCGCGCCGUUAUCCUGGAUUACAUACUACUUCAAGUCGCAAUUCGACAUCGAAGAAGGGGAGCUAGGUUCGAUAUUCUUCGCCACGCAGAUCAUCGCAGGCGCUUCUAUGCUAGUCGCCUCUUCACUAGCUAAACGGUUCGGCAACGUCAACACCAUGAUAUUCACACACCUCCCCUCGCAAAUCUUCCGCGCCCUGCUCGGCGUGCCCCGCUCCCCGCGCCUCGCGCUCAUCUUCCUGGUCCUGAACGCGAGCACGCAGUCCAUGGACACCGGGCCCCGCUCCGCCUUCCUCGCCGCCGCCGUCCUGCCCGCGGAGCGCACCGCGGUCAUGGGCACCGUGAACGUGGUCCGGACCACGGCCCAGAGCCUCGGCCCGCUGCUCACGGGCAUCCUGGUCGACCGGGGCUUGUUCUGGGUCACGUUUGUCGCGUCGGGAGGCGUCAAGAUCGUAUACGACUUGGGGUUGUUGGCUUUCUUUAAGAAUAAGGAGAGGGAGAGGGAAAGAGCUGAAAGAUUGAGAGCUCGGAGGGAUGAGGAAACGGUGUCUUGAAUAUCUAAAGUAGAUGGUCGUUGGGUUAGGUAAGUUGAUGGCCCGAGGACGUAAGCGCUUCAAUGAUAUAAGACGGUAAUAGGAACGAGUACCUUGAUGGCUCGGUGACGUAGUAUGUCAAACAGGAAUCAGUCUUCGCCAACAUUUAUAUAGUCCAGUCCGUCCACUAUUUCCGAAUCAUAUAUAUUCUUACCGGGACUCGUCUCUUGGAUUUUUGAAUAGCUGCC